AAAUUUUAAUUUUCUACAUUUAAACCCUCUACCCCUUAAAUUUUAUUUUUUAAAAGAGAAAAAAAUGUUUGGGACAGCUUUAAAAAGACUUUCAAUCUUUCCACUACACAAAAUUACUUGGCCUUUUUUACCUAGAAAUUUAUCUUUUUUAAAUUUAUUAAAAUCUGGUGAUUACGAAUAUGAAGAUCCAAAAUGUGAAGAUGAAGUUGUUAAUGUUACUUAUGUUACUAGAGAUGGGCAAGCUAAAAAAGUUAGAGGAAAAGUUGGGGAUAACGCUAUGUAUUUGGCACACAGAUAUAAUAUAGAAAUUGAAGGAGCCUGUGAAGCUUCUUUAGCUUGUUGUACUUGCCAUGUUUAUGUUGAUGACAAAUUUUAUGAUAAAUUGCCUGCUCCGGUUGAAGACGAGGAAGACAUGUUAGAUAUGGCCCCAUUAUUAAAACCAAAUUCAAGGCUUUCUUGUCAAAUAAUUUUAAAUAAAGAACUGGAAGGAAUUAUUUUAACGUUGCCAAAAAUUACAAGAAAUUUUUAUGUUGAUGGGCAUGUGCCUGAACCUCAUUAAAUUAAAAUUUAGUUGUUUUUUUUUUUAAAUAUAUUUAAAUAUUUAUUUUUAAUUAUAAAAAUAAAUCGGUGUAAAAUUUUAUUUUUUUUAUAGACCCAAAUUUUUAUGCAAAAUUUUCAUUUAUUUUAUUGAGAAAAUAUCCAUAUUGUAUUAUUUUAGGGGCUUCUUUAGGUAAAUAGAAGUCCCUAUUCAUGGUAAUAGGAUUAAAAAAAUAGUUUGGAACGCGACGAGAGAUCUCUA